CGGUCCCCUCGGUUCGUGGAUCCUGGUACUUGUCAUCUAGGUGGGAUCCGGGGACCUGGACUUUCCCCGCACAUCACACCCUCCGGGAGGAAAAAAAACACAACGAAACCAAACCAACCAAACUUUCCUCCUCCCGCUAGGAAAAACAAACAAAUUCUUGAAGGAUGGACCUGCUCCAUUGGUGUCUGCUGUGGCUCCUGUUACCGCUCACCUCGAGGACCCAGAAGCUGCCCACCCGAGAUGAGGAGCUUUUUCAGAUGCAGAUCCGUGAUAAGGCAUUUUUCCAUGAUUCAUCUGUGAUUCCAGAUGGAGCUGAAGUCAGCAGUUACCUCUUCAGACACACGCCUAGAAGGUAUUUCUUCAUGGUUGAGGAAGACAACACCCCUCUGUCAGUCACAGUGACACCUUGUGAUGCACCUUUGGAGUGGAAGCUUAGCCUGCAGGAGCUGCCUGAAGAGGCCAGUGCGGAUGGAUCAGGUGACCCUGAGCCACUUGACCAGCAGAGGCAGCAGAUGACUGAUGUGGAGGGCACAGAACUGUUCUCUUACAAGGGCAAUGACGUAGAGUAUUUUCUGUCUUCAAGUUCCCCAGCUGGUUUGUAUCAGGUGGAGCUUCUUUCAACAGAGAAAGACACACAUUUCAAAGUGUAUGCCACCACCACUCCAGAAUCUGAUCAGCCGUACCCUGACUUGCCAUAUGACCCCAGAGUUGAUGUGACCUCUGUCGGACGUACCACAGUCACUUUAGCCUGGAAGCCGAGCCCCACAGCCUCUCUGUUAAAACAACCCAUAGAGUACUGUGUGGUAAUCAACAAGGAACACAAUUUCAAAAGCCUCUGUGCAGUGGAAACAAAGAUGAACUCAGAUGAUGCCUUCAUGGUGGCACCCAAACCUGGCCUGGACUUCAACCCCUUUGACUUUGCCCAUUUUGGAUUUCCAAUAGAUAAUUUGGGCAAAGAUCGAAGCUUCCUGGCAAAUCCUUCUCCCAAAGUGGGGCGCCAUGUCUCCUGGAGGCCCAAGGUUGACAUUCAGAAAAUCUGCAUAGGAAACAAAAAUAUUUUCACAGUCUCUGACCUGAAGCCUGACACCCAGUACUACUUUGAUGUCUUCAUGGUCAAUACCAACAGCAACAUGAGCACAGCUUACGUGGGUGCCUUUGCCAGAACCAAAAAGGAAGCAAAACAGAAGACAGUGGUGCUCAAAGAUGGGAGGGUCACCGACGUGUUUGUUAAAAGGAAGGGGACAAAGUUUCUACGGCUUGCUCCAGCUUCCUCUCACCAAAAGGUCACCUUAUUUAUUCACUCUUGUCUGGACACUGUUCAAGUACAAGUGCGAAGAGAUGGAAAGCUGCUCCUGUCGCAGAAUGUGGAAGGCAUUCGGCAGUUUCAGCUCAGAGGAAAACCCAAAGCAAAAUACCUCAUUCGACUGAAAGGCAACAAGAAAGGAGCAUCCAAGUUGAAAAUACUGGCUACCACCAGGCCCAGUAAGCAGGAAUUCCCUUCUCUUCCCCAAGACACAAGAAUCAAAGCCUUUGACAAACUACGCACCUGCUCUUCAGUCACUGUGGCUUGGCUGGGCACCCAAGAAAGGAGAAAGUUUUGUAUCUACAGAAAAGAAGUGGAUGGAAACUACAGUGUAGACCAGAGAAGAAGAGACCAAAACCAGUGCCUCGGACCAGACACUAGAGAGAAGUCAGAGAAGGUCCUUUGCAAAUACUUCCAUGGCCAAAACCUGAAGAAAGCAGUGACCACCGAGACAAUCCGAGAUCUACAGCCUGGCAAGUCUUACCUGCUGGAUGUCUAUGUCGUAGGACACGGGGGACACUCUGUGAAGUACCAGAGUAAAGUCGUGAAAACAAGGAAGGUCUGUUAGUUACCUUGAGUGAAGAUGUGUAGACCUACAGGAGAGACAUGAAAUCACUUUGCCUGUAAACUGACUACUCCCACACGGCAAACGGAAGUUGUGACCUGUGCUUGAAAGAAGAUGCCAACCUGCGUACAUUAAUGUCUGUCUAACAUAACCUGUAGACUUGUGUUCACACACAGCUGUGGGACUUACGGUCCAUCUGUCUGAUGUUGGUUGAUGUCAAACAAAGAGGGUAUCUUGAUGGAUACCACUCUUUGCUUUGACCAUUGCAUGAACUGCUUCUAAAUUAUUUUAUUACCUAAAAAUUUAAAAUAUGCCAUUCGUUGCACACAUCACAAAUGCAUAUCAUUCCUCUCUAUAGAUGU